AUGGAUGCAUCCCUGGACCCUCAGAUGGACGCACCCCUGGAGGUUGAGGGAUGCUUAAUAAUGAAGGUAGAAAAGGACCCCGAGUGGGCAUCGGAGCCCACUCUGGAAGGAUCGGAGAGCUCUGAGUCUGAGACCUUUCGCAAAUGCUUCAGGCAAUUCUGUUACGAGGAUGUGACUGGACCCCAUGAAGCUUUCAGUAAACUCUGGGAACUUUGCUGCCGGUGGCUGAAGCCCGAAAUGCGUUCCAAGGAGCAGAUCCUUGAGCUGCUGGUGAUUGAACAGUUUCUCACCAUUUUGCCCGAGAAGAUUCAGGCGUGGGCUCAGAAACAGUGUCCGGAAAGUGGAGAGGAGGCGGUGGCCCUGGUAAUACAUUUGGAGAAAGAGACUGGAAGACUAAGACAGCAGGUUCGCAGUCCUGUGCACGCAGAGAAGCAGAUACCACUGGGAGCAGCAUGGGAGGUAACGGACUUUCAGCCAGAGCAGGUGGAGACCCAACCCAGACUGGUGUCUCUGGAGGAAGCUGGAGGCCUCCGCUCAGGACGGGAGGAGCCGCCGAACUGGAAGAGAGAGCAUCGGCCCUUACCCAAGAAUGCUCGGCCUUCUCCCUGGCUUCCUGUUCCUGCUACUGAAUGGAACAACAUAGGUCAGGAAGGAACAACCACACCAUUACCUGUUGUGUCUCAGGGGCCGGUGAAAGAUGUCCGCGUGGCGAGAGGCUUUUCCUACAAAAAGAGCGUACAUCAGAUUCCCGUUCACAGAGACCUGUACCGGGAUAUUAGGAAAGAGAGUGCUGGGAAUAUGGUCUCCCUGGGAAGUGCCGUGUCCGUGUCUAACAAGAUUGCCCGGUUGGAGCAAAGAAAGGAGCCAUGGACCCCAGGUGUACACUCUUCUAACAAAAGGAGUAUUCUCCGAAGCAACUACAUCAAGGAAAAGCCGGUUCAUGCGACUCAGAUCCCCGCGCGCAGUGCGGGGCGAGUGUGGGGCGAGCAGCAGCACUGGGGGUUGGAAGACGAGAAAAUAGCAGGCGUGCACUGGAGCUAUGAGGAGACGAAGACGUUCCUCGCGAUUCUCAAGGAGUCUCGCUUUUAUGAAACGCUGCAGGCUUGUCCCCGGAACAGCCAGGUGUACGGGGCCGUGGCCGAGUGGCUGCGCGAGUGCGGCUUCCUCCGGACGCCGGAGCAGUGCCGGACCAAGUUCAAAAGUCUCCAGAAGAGCUACCGGAAGGUGAGAAACGGCCACGUGCUGGAACCCUGUGCCUUCUUUGAGGACAUGGACGCCCUGUUGAACCCCGCAGCCCAUGCUUCAGCCGCUGAUAAGCCAAAGGAGAUUAUCUCUCUCCCCAGACUGAAGAGAGUUGAUGUCAAUGCUAAAGAACAGACCAGUUUGUUGGAGGAGGAGGAAGCCGCAGAGGCAUCCGAUGGUGACGAGAGGGGUGUUGCGUUCAUCCGGAAGUCUGAGAUUCGUGGCACCCCUGUCUUGUUCCAGAACCUGAGCGGUGUGCACUGGGGCUACGAGGAAACCAAGACUUUUCUUGAUAUCCUGCGGGAGACUCGGUUCUACGAAGCCCUCCAAGCCUGUCAUCGGAAGAGCAAGCUGUACGGGGCCGUGGCUGAACAACUCCGGGAGUGCGGCUUCCUCCGGACGCCAGAGCAGUGCCGGACCAAGUUCAAAAGCCUCCAGAAGAGCUACCGCAAAGUGAAAAACGGUCACGUGCUGGAGUCCUGUGCGUUCUACAAGGAGAUGGACGCGCUGAUCAACUCUCGGGCCGCUGCCCCUUCCGCCGACACUCCAGAGGAAGUCCCAUCACCCUCAGGGCAAGAGAGAGAGGAGGUUGAGAUGGAGUCCCAGGAACCCACAGGUUGGGAACCUGAGGAGACCUCACAGGAGGCAACGGGAGAAGAUUCUGGCAGCGAGAGAACGAGUGAGGAGGAAAUCGUACACGAGUCGGAAUUCCAGGGGCCCCCGGGUCUACUGCAAAGCCCGAGCGAUUUUGAAAUUGCACGUAGUAUCAAGGAGGAUGCAACACAGGUAAUCUACAAGGACAUGGAACAGCAUCGGGCACUGAUAGAAAAGUCUAAGAGGGUUGUUUCCCAGAACGCUGAUCCAGGUAAAUACCGGAAAAGGGAAUGCAUCUCAGGAAGACAGUGGGAAAGCCUUCAAGCGGUCAGGCAGGGAAAGCUGAUGUCUCAGCCUCGAGAUUUAGGGAGAGCCGCAGCGCAUCCGAGGCCUUUGGUGGGGAGGAGGCCCUACCGGCUUCUCAAAUACGGAGACGGCUUGGGGAGGAAUGCUCGUCUGAUGUGCCGGGUCACCCACCAGAAGGAAAACCCUUACCAGUGCGGUGUCUGCGGGAAGUGCUUCGGCAGGAGCAGGAGCCUAAUCAGACACCAAAGAAUCCACACGGGAGAAAAGCCGUUCAAGUGUCUUGACUGUGGGAAAAGCUUUAACGACUCCUCCAACUUUGGUGCCCACCAGAGAAUCCACACGGGGGAGAAGCCCUACAGGUGCGGAGAGUGUGGAAAGCGCUUCAGUCAGAGCUCCAGCCUCAUCAUCCACCAGAGGACGCACACGGGAGAGAAGCCUUAUCAGUGCGGGGAGUGCGGGAAGAGCUUCACCAACAGCUCGCAUUUCAGCGCCCACCGCAGGGUGCACACUGGCGAGAACCCCUACAAAUGCGUGGACUGCGAAAAAAGCUUCAAUAACUGUACGAGGUUUCGCGAGCACCGGAGGAUACACACCGGAGAGAAGCCCUACGGCUGUGCCCAGUGUGGCAAACGUUUCAGUAAGAGCUCUGUCCUCGCCAAGCAUCGGGAGGUUCAUUCCAGAGAGAAGCUUCUGCCACACCCACCGCCCGCCUGUGCCCUGGAGAGCCCGCCUAAGGGAAAGACUGAUGACUUCAGGAAAACGUUUUGA